AUGAGUCGCCAGCUGUCUCUGUAUUCCGGUGGGGAGCGCCCGGGCUUCAGCGGCUGCUCAGCCGUGGUCUCAGGCCGGCUCAGCAGCAGCUCCGCCUCGUUCCGGCCCGGGGUCAAGGGCACCUCAGCGGCCUUCGGCAGCAGGAGCCUGUUCUGCCUGGGGGGCGGCCGGCGCCUGGCGCUGAGCGCUGCAGCCGGGGCCGGGCGGAGCGGUGGCCGCCUGGGCGGCUUCGUGGGCACUGUUUUCGGGAGCGCAGGGCUGGGACCUUCCUGCCCCAGCGUGUGUCCCCCUGGAGGCAUCCCUCAGGUCAUUGUCAACAAGAGUCUCCUUGCUCCCCUAAACCUGGAGCUGGACCCGGAGAUCCAGAGGGUGCGUGCCCAGGAGCGGGAGCAGAUCAAGGCCCUGAACAACAAGUUCGCCUCCUUCAUCGACAAGGUACGUUUCCUGGAGCAGCAGAACCAGGUGCUAGAGACCAAGUGGAACCUGCUGCAGCAGCUGGACCUGAACCUCUCCAGGAGGAACCUGGAGCCCAUUUACGAGAACCGCAUCAGCCACAUGCAGAAGCAGCUAGAGACGCUGUCGGGAGACCGCGUGAGGCUGGACUCGGAGCUGCGCAACAUGCGGGAAGUGGUGGAGGACUACAAGAAGAGGUACGAGGUGGAGAUCAACAAGCGCACGGCGGCAGAGAACGAGUUCGUGGUACUUAAGAAGGACGUGGAUGCUGCCUAUAUGAACAAGGUGGAGCUGCAGGCCAAGGUGGAUGCUAUGACCGACGAGCUCAAGUACUUGAAGCGUCUCUAUGAAGGGGAGAUUGCGCAGAUGCAGUCCCACAUCAGCGACACGUCUGUCAUCCUGUCCAUGGACAACAACCGGGACCUGGACCUGGACAGCAUCAUCGAUGACAUUCGUGUGCAGUACGAGGACAUUGCCCAGAGGAGCAAGGCUGAGGCUGAGGCGCUGUACCAGACCAAGAUCCAGGAGCUGCAGGCCACGGCAGGCCAGCAUGGGGAUGACCUCAAGCUCACCAAGGCCGAGAUCUCGGAGCUGGGCCGGCUGAUUCAGAGGAUCCGCUCCGAGAUAGGGAACGUGAAGAAGCAGUGUGGCAACCUGGAGACAGCCAUGGCUGACGCUGAGCAGCGGGGUGAUUGCGCCCUCAAGGAUGCCCGGGCCAAGCUGGAUGAGCUGGAGGCUGCCCUGCAGCAGGCCAAGGAGGAGCUGGCCCGGAUGAUGCGCGAGCACCAGGAACUCAUGAACGUGAAGUUGGCUCUGGACAUGGAGAUCGCCACCUACCGCAAGCUGCUGGAGGGCGAGGAGUGCAGAAUGUCGGGUGAAUAUCCGAACGCUGUGAGCAUCUCUGUCGUCAGCAGCAGUGUGGCCGCAGGGGCUGGUUUCAGCAUGGGCUUUGGCGGCCCUGGCACAUACACCUACAAGCCCGUGGCAGCGGACAUCAAGACCAAGGGCAGCGGUGGCACCAGUGAGUUCAAAGACUCCCUGGGCAGGACCUCCGGCAGCGGCAGUGCAGCCAAGAAGGGCCCCCGAUGA